UGUCUGUCUGCCUGUCCGUCCGUCCCUCCCGUAUUCUUUAGUGUGAAUGUAGCCUACACAAAAUGGGCUAUAUUCAGUGAUCUGUGAUUUACUAGCUGUGGAUAGGCUACUGCGUCAUCUUCUGGUGAAAGUUGGUAGUGAAGUGGUAUCAGGGAACUACAUUUUUUGAGUAGCUUAAAAUUAAAGGGGAUGGGUGCCUAUGCUUUCACACAUUUACAGCACAAAUAGUUAAUAUUAAGAUAAAGUGUAUUAAAAGUAUAUUUUAAACAAGUAGCCUAGUCUAUCGUUGGGUGUGGAUGGAUGCAUUGUAAGCUAUGUGGACCUUAAUGAGGACAUAAGGCUGCUGAGCUCAUGUCUGUAGUUUAGCCUGAAUGUAGCAUGUGAUGCAGCAUUAUCCAGAUUUCCCAUGCGUUGGGAAGUGGUAACUUCUAGAAACUACUGACAGUGUUGCAGUCAACCGCAGGCUACAUUAAGUCCAGCCUAAUAGGCAUUUUCAAGGGCAUGAGAAAAAUCCGGCAAACGUAGUUUCUUAGAGCAACCGGGUCAGUAGUCAAUCCUACUAAAUAAAACUAAACCAUUAUUUGGCACUUAUGCUAGCCUAAUUUCUCAAUUCAAUAUUUGUUGACGAAUUACAAAGCCGUCGCAGUAGCCCACUUCUUGUUGACGUUGUCGUUGGUAGCCUAUUAGACUUUCUUUCAUCACUCCUAAUAACAUGAAUUCAGUGAUGCUAAGGCCACCCUCCCACCCAUGCACCAUCACUAAUGAGGUAAUCGCAAAUAACUGCAGCCGAAGCUGCUUAGGUCAGACAUCCCGUAUAGGUGCAGCAACAUUCCACUGUGCGCAACGGGACAAAGCAACCUCGCUCUGUUCCUCGUGUAGAGAGGUGUAAAAGAAGCGCAUUACGACAUUGAAAUGUUACCAGGCAUCAUUAUCCGUAAAUCCCUGUGGAUAACUUUUACGUUGCUCAGUUUAUCUCAGCCGUCACUUUUUAAAAGGGUUUUCAAAUGUCCUUCCGGAUGCACCUGCUCCAAAGACUCCAUCAUUUGCGUCGGGUCGUCUAUCAUUCCGCGUACGAUUCCUAAUGACAUUAAUUCGCUGAGUAUUGUAAAUGGAAGCUUUUCAGAAAUCAAGGAGGCAAUGUUUGCCCUCAUGCCAUCACUGCAGUUACUGCUACUCAAUUCUAAUUCACUCUCAGCCAUUAAAGAUGAUGCUUUUUCUGGGCUUCCACAUCUGGAGUAUUUAUUUAUUGAAGGCAACCAAAUCGAGACAAUUACCAAAAAUGCCCUAAGGGGUCUUCGUGAUGUUACCCACCUGUCACUUGCCAGCAACAACAUGAAAUCACUCCCAAAGAACCUAUUCUUUGGUCUGGACUCUCUCAUAGAGUUGGAUCUGCGUGGUAACAUGUUUGAGUGUGACUGUCAGGCCAAGUGGCUGAUAGACUGGUUGAAGCAAUCCAAUGCCACAGUGUCUGAUGUCUAUUGUGCGGGGCCAGGAGAUAGGAAAGGCAUGCGUCUCAAAGAUGUACCUGACCAGCAGAAGGAGUGUCUUUCCACUGACUUUGUCCUUCAUCAGACCCUGGCAACACCAUCCAUGUCAGCUGACAUCUUCUCCUAUAAAGAAGACAUAUAUGUGGCAAUGGCUGUGCCAAACUCAGACAGCUGUGUCAUUAUGGAGUGGGAUCACAUUGAAAUAAAUUUCAGGCCUUUUGACACUAUUACAGGGCGGUCCAUUGUUGGGUGCAGAUCGGUUGUGAUUGACGACCAGGCCUUUGUUAUUGUCUCUCAGCUUUUUGAUGGUUCCCACAUCCACAAAUUUGAACCACAGCAGAAUAAGUUCACAAAAUUUCAAGUUGUUGAAGCAUCCAACAUCUCUAAACCCAAUGACCUUGAAGUCUUUCAAAUUGGUGACGAGUGGUUCUUUUUGGUUGUUGAUAGUUCUAAAGCUGGCUUAUCAACACUUUACAAAUGGAAUGACACUGGAUUCUACCCUUACCAGUUUCUUCAUGAGUGGUUCCGUGACACUGAUGCAGAGUUUAUUGAUAUAGAUGGCAAGGGACACCUUAUCCUGGCAAGCCGAUCACAAGCUCCAGUUAUCUACCAAUGGAACAAGAGUACCCAGAAAUUUGCUUUACUUACUGAUAUCCCCAAUAUGGAUGACAUUGUUACAGUGAAGUCGUUUCAUAUAAAUGGGGACUUGUAUCUGGCUAUGGCCUGUUAUAUUGGGGACUCAAAGGUCCUCCAGUGGACUGGCAAACAGUUUGUCGAAGUCCAAGCAUUCCCAUCUCGAGGAGCCAUGGUUCUGCAGCCCUUCAAGUUUAGGGACCAACACUUCCUUGUUCUAGGAAGUGACUAUUCUUUCUCAUUGGUGUACAGGUGGGAUGAGAAGAACAAACACUUUAUCAAGUUUCGGGAGGUAUAUGUGCAAUGGCCACGUUCUUUCACCGCUCUUUCAACUGAUCAAAGGGAUUUUCUUUUGGCCACCAGCUUCAAAGGCAAAACCAAAGUGUUUGAGCAUGUCACAGUUGACAAUAGCUUAUAAGUCCAAAAAUGCUUCUAAUAAUACAAGCUUAGGAACCAAUAUGGUUCAUAAGAUCAUUGUUUAUAUUAUGUACAAUGCAUUUGUCUGACAUAAGCAUUUCUUUUUUCUUUUUAAAGGUGUAAUAGUUUUUUUUUAUGUUGGGAAGGAGGAUUGUAGAUAUAGGAUUGUAGAUAUAUAUAUAUAUA